AUGACCGCGAGGGUGUCACCCGCGCCUCCACACCGCCUGCAGCAGUUCUUCCCGGUUCUUAUGAUCAUGCUGGCGAUCUUAUUUUCUUUGGCUCCAGCACGAUGUUCGUCUGUGAGAGCUGAUCGUUCGGAGGCUGUGGACCGUCUCCAGAACGUCACGCAGACGGUGUCACGCAUCCUCGACGGAUAUGACAUACGUCUGAGACCAAAUUUCGGAGGGGAGCCCCUCUACGUUGGAAUGGACCUCACCAUAGCUAGCUUCGACGCUAUCUCAGAAGUAAAUAUGGAUUACACAAUCACCCUGUAUCUAAAUCAGUAUUGGAAGGAUGAAAGAUUAGGUUUCGGGAUGCAGGACGAGGUUCUCACUUUGUCGGGAGACUUCGCUGAUAAGAUAUGGGUUCCGGAUACUUUCUUCGCGAAUGAUAAAAAUAGUUUUCUCCACGACGUGACGGAACGCAACAAGCUGGUGAGACUGGGCGGUGACGGUGGCGUGACAUACGGCAUGAGGUUCACGGCGACCCUGGCCUGCAUGAUGGACCUACAUUACUACCCCCUGGAUAGUCAGAACUGCACCGUCGAGAUCGAAAGCUAUGGAUACACAGUCUCCGAUGUGGUGAUGUACUGGAAGGAUACACCAGUCCGUGGAGUCGAGGAUGCAGAGCUACCACAAUUCUCUAUAUUAGGACAUGAAACUAACGACCGAAAGGAGAAGUUGGCGACAGGCGUCUAUCAGAGACUGUCUUUAAGCUUCAAGUUGCGUCGGAACAUAGGUUAUUUUGUGUUUCAAACCUAUUUGCCCAGUAUUUUGAUUGUGAUGCUGUCCUGGGUCUCGUUUUGGAUCAAUCAUGAAGCUACUUCGGCCAGAGUUGCUUUGGGUAUAACAACCGUUCUAACAAUGACUACGAUCAGCACGGGCGUCCGCAGCAGUCUUCCUCGUAUCUCCUACGUGAAGGCUAUAGACAUCUACCUGGUGAUGUGUUUCGUGUUCGUAUUCGCCGCCUUGUUGGAGUACGCAGCCGUCAACUACACGUACUGGGGAGCGCGGGCCAGGAAACGGGCCAAGUUAAAGAACAGAGAGGUCCCCACCAGCACCAGUGUCGAUAAGGAUUUGAGAAGCGGUCCUCGGUCCCCUGAGGAGAUCAUAGCUCUCCGUGAGUGUCCCGGGGGCCGCGCGUCCCCCCUGCCGGGGCUGCGAUCACGACCUCUAGCACCUUCCGGAGCACCACCCUCUCUCCGCAUACAGCGGGACCACAACCUUCGAUACAGGACGCGGACCCACUCCCGGAACUAUACCAAUGGAUCCAACAAGCCGAAGAUGAUACACGCGUUGAAGAAGGGCGCCACGGUCAUCAAGGCUUCUAUGCCGAAGAUACGUGACGUGAACGUCAUAGACACGUACUCCAGAGUAAUAUUUCCGAUAUGUUUCCUCAUCUUCAACUCAGUGUACUGGGUGUUUUAUAUAUUUGACUAAUUAAAUGUGAAUAAAACUUAAUAAAAUAUAAGGGCUAUGCUUAUAAUAUUAGUUGCGUAAAUGUGAGGAAGAUGUUAAUUUUAAUUGAUUUAUGAAUGUUACCAGGCUCCGUCACGAUUCCCAUGAACCGACGACGUUUAGAAUACGUAGCGAUAAUUUAUAAUAUAGUCACAUAAAACUAGCUCCUAUAUCUAAAUUAAUGUUUAAAGUACACUAAUAAUUAGUAUUUUUUCUUCAAUAAAUUUAUCGAAACUGCCAAAUGUUCAAUGUAUUAUAAAAAAUUUUAAUAACUGACAUUGCUUUAAAACAUAGCUUUUAUAUUUAUCACAUUAUAAUGUUAAAUUGACUUACGACUAUUAUUAUUUAU